AUGGAUCUUACAGAUAGCAGUGCAGAUCUUUGGAUAGGAUGCUUAGGAAACAACUCAUUGCUGCAGCCUCUGUGGGACAGCCUCAGGCUCAACUACAGAGACUAUCUGAGAUCUCCACUCUUCCCCGUUGUUCUGACUGUGUCUUCCUACUUUGUCUUGUGCCUUCCUUUCCUUGUUUGUGACAUCAUGGGGGACAGGUGGGCACGGGUCCAGCAAUUCAAGAUCCAACCUAGCCGACGGCCAACAGCCUCUACGCUGCUGCACUGUGGAGGUGUCACCUUCUACAACCAAUUGUUCCUUGUGCUCCCAGCAUCAGUGGCCCAGUGGGCAUGGAGGCCACCUGUGGACCUGCCGGACCAGGCUCCUUCCCUGCUGGAGCUCAUAGUUGGAGUGAUAGGCAACCUUCUGCUCUUUGACCUUCAGUACUUCAUCUGGCACCUGCUCCAUCACAGGAUCCGCUGGCUGUAUGUCACCUUCCAUGCCAUCCAUCAUAAUUACUCGUCUCCCUUUGCUCUUGCCACUCAGUGUCUCGGUGGCUGGGAGUUGGUCACAGUUGGCUUUUGGACCACCCUGAAUCCUGUGAUCCUGCGAUGCCAUCUUCUCACCACAUGGACCUUCAUGGUGUUGCAUGUCUAUGUUUCUAUAGAGGAUCACUGUGGCUAUGAUUUCCCCUGGUCUACAUCACGUCUGAUACCCUUUGGCAUCUACGGAGGGCCCAGCAAACACGACGUGCACCACCAGAGACCCAACACCAACUUUGCACCACACUUCAGCCACUGGGACAAAUUAUUUGGCACGCACGCUGAUUUCAGUUUCUCUACCCCUUUAAAAUAGAAGGCUGUUACACUUUUGGUGGAAGCUAUAGAUAGCGACCUGUGUUUUUAAUGUGUUUGUGUUUUCGUUUGUUUUUCCAUAUUAUCUGGAUAUUACAAUGUGAAGAGGGGGAAUCCACAUUUUUCUUUACACACACACAGAGGCAUAUUAUCAUAUACCAUACACAUACCAAGUUUUUUUUAAAUAAGAUGUG